AUGAAAGAACACAUCGUAUAUCAGAGGCUUUAUGGAUUGCUUCUCAUGUCAAGUUUUAUCUUUCUUUCAGAUCCACUUUCCCUAAAAGGAAAGAGGCUGGAUUUUGAUGGAAGAAGUAACAGGUAUGUAAGCCUGGCCAACAGCAUUCCUGAGCUCAGCCGAUUCACAGCAUGCAUCGAUGUGGUCUUCAUGGCAGACCGCUCCACUCAUUGGAUGGCCUUCUCCUAUAUUACUAAGAACACUCUCCUGGGCAGAGAAGAUAUACAUCUUGGACUUGCAGGGAACCAUCAGCAGCUAAUUCUAUACAGCUUGGGCAAGGUGUUUUAUAUCUGGCACCAUCUGACUCCAUCUCAAUGGCAUACAAUAUGCUUGAUAUGGGAUGGUGUGAAGGGCAAAUUAGAACUCUUUGUGAAUAAAGAAAGAAUACUGAUAAUAAUGGAUCAGCCUCACUGCCUGACAGCUAAUGGGACACUGGUCUUAGGACAUAUUCCUAAGAAUGGAAAGGGCCAGGUUAAAAGUGUGGCACCUCACUUUACCGGCAGCUUGUACUACUUUCAACUCUGGGAUCACAUCCUGGAACAUGAGGAGUUUAGGAGGUGUUUAGAUGGAAAUGUAGUUAGUUGGGAAGAAGAUAUUUGGCUCGUCCACAAGAUCAUCCCAACACUUGACAGGAAACUGCGCUGCUUUGUUUCUGAAAAUAUGACAAUUCAAGAAACAAGUACAAAUCUUUCACAGCAAAUACAUUUGACAACUUCUUCCCAAAUUACUGGACUAAACCCACAAAAGACUAUAUAUUCCUCUACAGUAAUGUCUAAAAGCAUGCCUGUAUUUAUAACUGAUCAUACAAAUAUAUCACAUUCCAAUGCAACAUCUCCACCUCUGUUUACGACUCUAUCAAAAAGUCUGAAAACAUCUAUAUCUGACACAGCUACCUUUACAGAUGUCUUAACUACUUCCACAGCUAUCACUUUGCUUUCUCAGAAUACACUUACCUGUGCUACCACUGAUUCUAUGAAAGUAACAGAACACCCAUCUUCAGAAAGCACCAGGACAACUAAAAUGGGAGAAGCCAUGCCUCAUGAGACUUUUCAUCCACCUAGAUCUACUCAUGUCUUUCCUAUACCUGGAGUUACCAAUCCAUUUGUACCUAAAACUUCAGCAACUGAAUCUCAGACAACCAUUAUGAAAACAUUAUUUUCAACUAUCAAGUCAACAUUCAUGUCUGCAACAUCCUGGCCUGUACACAAAUCCACAGAUACUUCAGUGCUCCCUAUUGCCACACCCGGACAAGAAUUUCUUGUCUCUACAGCUGCUGAAACUGUACCUUGGUCCACAGUAGAAGAGACUUCAGCUGUAAUUACUGCAACUGGGAUUCCAUUUGCCAUCCAAACUGAUCUAAUCACCUCUACAGCUGCUCCAGUGAAUUCUGUGCUUCCUAUAACUCAAGUGCCACCAACAUUGGCAACAACUGAAAUUGAGACAGCAUUUAAAGUUCAUUCAGGGAUGCCCACAAAGACCACAUCUGGCCCAAGACCAGGGGAAACAGAAUGGACACCUACACAAUUCCAUGAUGCCUCUUUGCCUAGCAUGGAGGAUGCCAUAUCUACUUUCAUGCCCAGAGGAACCUCUUCUAUGACUCUUUCUUCCAUGAUUGCUGCUCCAAUCACUAAAACUCAGAGUGCACAGACAGUUAUUGAUGUUGAGGAUUCCCAUACAGGCUUUACUCCUAGAAUGACACUUGCACCUACACUAGUUGAAACCAUGCCCUCCCUGACCAUUGCAGGGUCUGUAUACACCCAGAAUACACCCACAGCUGGGGAACACAUAUUCACUUUGAUUUCCACUCAAUCAAUUCCCACAUUCCAGGCAUCUGAAUCAGGUUCUACAUCUGUACCUGAUGAAACUGCUCAGCAGUUCUCUACCAAUGCAAUUUCUUGGACUUCUAGGCCAAGUCAGAAUCUGUUGACCUCUAUGAAUGCAAGCAUCAUACACACAUUUGUCCCUAAUAAAAAUUUCACAUCAUCAUUCCAUGGCAAUACUACUGAUACAGACCAUUCAUCUUCAACUACUGAUACGAGUAGGCCUCCAGAACCAUCUUUAGAGAGUGAAGUUACCACUGGUGCUGAUGCUACUGCAGUCAUAUAUUCAACAACUCUAUGUAAACAGACAUCUCCAUGCUUGGCCAGUGUGUCCAUCACUUUCAGAACCACAUCUGUAACCAAUCCAAGUGAAUUUCAACUUACCACUUCAUUACUGGAAACCAUUUCUAUGUCCACAGCAGAUACCAAUGAACUUUCUUUAGUAUCAAGCGAGACAGUUGGUCCAUCAGUAGGGAAAUCUACUGACAUGAAACUAAGUUUUCCUACUGAGGAGAGCACUUCUGAGACUACAAAAACAGAAGCAAAUGGAGUAAGCACAAUUGGGGACACAAUAGACCCUGUAUCAAUGUUUACAACAACCCAGACAUUUGAUAUUCCUGUGACAAGAAAAGAAACAACUUCUUACUAUCUUAAGGGAAAAUCAACUCUAGCAAGAGAAGCUGAGGUUUCUCCAUUUUCAGCAAUGCCGGACUCAACAGAUGAAUCCACACAAAUGAUGACAGUUUCUGUCACUGUUUCCCCUUUCCCUGACAUGGAAAAAUUGAGUACCAUAUUGGAUGUUAAAACUGCAACACUUGAGUUGGGAGGGAGUUGGCUUUCAACAAAACUCAUGGAAACUACACCCAAGAGUUCAUACAAUGGAACUAUGGAAAUCUUUAAUUCGACACACACCUAUACAACAUGUUGGAUGCCAGAGACAACUGAGAAGAAUUCCGGCCCAUUGCCCACUUUGGGGAGCACCCAGACAUUCCCCAAACCCUUUAGUGCUACCACCACAAGGAAAUCAGAAACCAGUUUCAUCACUACCCCUACAGACAGGAUAGCUGGAUCCUUGUCUGCUGGUAUCUUUUCUCCAUAUAAUGUAGCUACUCAUUUCUCCACAACCCCUGUACAUACAACCCACAUGGGCUCACCACCAAUUAAUGUGUCUGCUGUAACCUCUAUGGUGGUGUCUGAAGAGACUACGGUGACCAAACCAGGGCCUCCUACCAAGGAUUCUUCCACAUCUAUGCUCUCUGAUGUUUUACCUUUGUCCUCAGUUACAACAACCACAACAGUAGUGCCACCAUUAAGUCAAACAGCUUCCAUAAUCAGCAAAACCAUGUCUAUCCACAGAGAUUCAAUCCACACUACUAUAGAGCCCACAGUGACUUCUACCAUGAUGACAUUCACAGAAGUUCCCUCUCUCACAAAUACCGUGGUUCCCUCACAGAAUCCCCUUACCCCUGUAAGAACUAAGGCUAAGUCUACCCUUUUCCCUACCUCCAUGGGCACAGUAACUCCAUCAGCACACACUCUUAGGUCCUCAAAACCUCCUGAUUACAUUCCUUUUGUGUCCUCUACUCAUGUGAUCUCCACUACAUCACCAACAGUAGCAACUAGACUUGUAUCUCAAGGGGAGGAGAUAUCCACCCAUGCCCUUAGCUUUCUAUAUACUUCUGGCGGUGGUGAUGAUGUUGUUAACUUGGCUACCAUCACUACAGAGAACUUUGCUGGUGAUGAGAUCAUGUCCUUAUACACUUCAGCCAACAAGCCUACUACUUCAAAGUACAAUGAAAUUUCUCAAUCUCCCACAGGUCUUGUAAACACACAAGUCUCCACCCAAUUGAUGAUUGGUACAUCUACUUCAUUUUCUGAUAAAGAACAGAUGUCCAUCUCUGUAGGAGAAAUCCCUACAACUAUGGAGGUGACAGAAAUUUCUCCAUCAAACAAUUCUUUUAUUUUCUACUCCCGGAGCACUUCACCUUUGGAAAUGACAGAUAUGACAUUUUUUGACACCACUGAAAUUUCCAGUCACCAAACAAAGAUUCCACUCGGGACUGUAUCAGAUGGGAAUUUAGCUGCAUCUCCCAAUUCUGAGAGCACACAGACAGCUCAUAUCUUAACCUCAAGCAACUCAGUUAAUGUUGAUAUUUCAGAAAUAUCUACAUCUCUCCCUUCACAAGCUCUGACAACCACAUUUGUGCCUCAUGACAAAGGAAGUUCAAGUGCCCUUGCUUUGAACACUCCCAGGACUGCAGAGGUAAUAGUAAGGUCCUCCUCUGUGACUCACCCAAUUUCCUCUCACCAGGAUACUUCAUUUGUAGACAAUGCAACUUCCAGGACAACUAACACAACGCUUUCAUACUUGCCAGCACUUAAAACUCAACCUAAAGUAACUUCAAUUGCUUCUACCAUUUCUGAAGGCACACAGACUUCCUCUAAAUCCUUGUCUUCUUUCACAACCAGACUACCCAGUGCCAAUUUUACAAUUAUCUCUAAUGGGACCACUGUAGCGCUUUCUGUUACAAAUGUAGCUACAACACUUGAGAAAACGUCUAUGGAAACAUCAAUUCCUAUUUACCAGAUGUCCUCAUUGCCAGUUAAUGUCACUGACUUCACUGCCAAAACCGUUUCUGAUACUCUCACAGUAUCAGUGACUAAGUCUUCUAAAACCACACAAUCAGAUUGUUUGAAAGGUCCCUUUCCAGAUACUUCUGGGCCUAUGUCUGAGAUGUCCUCAAUGCCAGUUAGUGACCCUUCUUUUUCAUCUAUAGCAGUUUCUUCUGUCCCUGCUAUAACAGGUGAAUCAUUGUCUACACUUUUGUCUUCAAAUUCCCCUAUGACUACUAUGACUAUACAAACAUCUACACUGGAUGUCAUACCUGUGACAUAUACUGGGCAUACUUCAAAAUAUACUACAAUAGCUUCUUCUGAUUUCACUAAUUCCAAAAUGACACAGGUGUCCUCCAAGGUCAUGCCUACAUCUGUUUUCUCUCCAACAAAGCCAAUUUUUCCAUCCAUGAAAACCAUUCCAUCCACUAUUGUGGAUGAGAGAAUGACUCCAGUUGUACAUACUACUACUUUCUCUCCACUCCAUUCUAAGAACACUGAAGCUAUUGCCUCCAUUCCACAUACCACAUUUUCAUCAUUACUAUCAACAACCCAGCAAUCAUCACAUGAGGUUACAAUGCUUGGCCUGUUACCUGGGAUUACUUACAAUUCCCAAUCUACUGUGAGCAGUGAUAGAAUGACAAUUUUCAAAAAUACCUAUCCUAGAAUUACUAACCCUGAAAAUGUGUUUUCACCUAAUCCUUCAGAAGAUAUACAUACUUCUUUAGAUAUUCAAAGUUCUAAACCAUCUUUGGUAAGUUUUAAGAGCACUCCUGGACCCACAGAAAAUAUACAAACCACCACUACGUACCUUUCCUCGAAUACUGGAAAUCUCACUUCCUCAUCAGAAAGUACUUUCUUAACAACUGAGCUAACAAAAAGUGACCCAUCUGUGAAUACUUCUGUUUUAUACGAUCCCUGUACCUCACUGAGUGCAACUCCACCUUCCUCAACAUCUCUUCUUUAUUCACUUCAUAGUACCGAGGUCAAGUCCUCUACGUUGAAGACCUCUCCUCCUCCUACGUCACAAAUGGGUGAAUUUCCAGUACUGGGAACACAAGUCACCUCCAGUGAUACCCAUUCUCUGCUUACAACUUCCUGGAACACACCCACAACUAAAGAUUCUCUGUUUCCUAUUUCCACCAAAACUCUGGUGCCUACACCUAACAAGAUAGCAUCAGAAACUCUACACUUUAUUCCUGGGUCUUUGUCAACAGUUACAUCCUCCCAGACUGGUCUCAACUCUAGUGAUGUUAUGACAACAUUAUCAAUUCCUACAUCAGAAAUAUUUCCUGCGUUUGGAUUUUCUGACAGCCAUUCAUCAUCAAUAUCUUCAAGAGCUCUUCCUACCACCACAUCUGACAUCAAGCAUCCAUUUGAGAAAACAGCCACAUCUGUAACUUCUGGGACAACCCUACAAUCAAAUCCUUCUGCAAUUGCUAAGGCUACUACUUUACCCACGUGGACUUGGAUCUUAUCCAAUCUUCCUUCAGGCGUGUCCCUGACAACUGUACUGAAUGCUCUUCCUGUUCAAACUUCUGAGGUAUCAAAACCCACGCUUCUUACUUCUGGCAUGCUAUCAGCAUAUCCAUUCCCUAAUUUUACAACAUCACCCUUUUCUUCUGGAAGCACCAUACUCCCUAAAACCAGUCCUGCACCUACUCUUGGCAAUGUUGCUACUUCUUUUCCUAUGUCUACAAAAAACUCAGGUGGUGAUAUAUACAUUUCUGCAUCCCCUGACACUUCCUCCAGAACCACUGUGACUGACAACUCCAGGACUGGGUCUCAAUUUCUAUCCUUUAGUGGAAUGAGUUUAUCACCAUCUACAGCUGAGCACACUUUAUCUGUUGGUUCCAUGCGCAUCCCUACUUCCACAAAAACAUUGGCAUUGAGCAGAUUUCCAGCUGCAUCACCAUCACCUUCUUUCAUUCCUCCCAAGUCAACAUCAGAAUCCCUUAUUAGCACUACUAUAUCCACUACUACUGGAGCAUUCAUUCCACUUGUAUCUACUGGUGUGACACAUCUUUCUACAACUGUGUCUUCACUGGUCUCUUCCUCUUUUGAGACAAGCCAGCCAAACUCCAUAUCGACUUUUCUAUCUACAGAAUCUUUGAGUUUACCAGUUGCUGCUGAGUCCACAGUUUCCUUCUAUAAUACUGAAAUGAGCUUCUCUGUCUUUGAUGAAGAGCCAAGGACCCCAAUCACCAGUGUUAUACAUGAGUUUACAAAAGACUGGUUGAACUCUAUAUUUCAGGACAGUGAAUUUUCUCUUACUAAUCUGGCUAUUCAGAUUAAAGGCAGAGACACUUCUAAGGAAGGAAUGGCCAUGUACCAAUAUAUUUUAGGACAGAGAGAAGGGCAAGAAAUGGCGACAAUUUCCCGUGUACCAUACAGCUGUCAUUGUCAGGUUAUUAUAAAGGCCAACUCCUCUUUACCAUCCAAUGACUUGAUCAGCAAAAUCAAAGGAAAAAUACAUGGCAACUUCACACAUGGGAGCUUCACACAAGAUCAACUGACAUUAUUAGUAAAGUCUAAUCACGUCGUAGUGAAAAAGCUAGAGCCAGGAAAGUGUGAAGCAGAGGAAACACCAUCUAUAUACAAGGGAACUUAUCAAUGGCUGUUAACUAACCCUACUGAGACAGCUCAGACUAGAUGCAUAAAAAACAAGAAUGGAAAUGCCACAAGAAUCUGUUCAAUCAACAUCCAAACAGGCAAAUCCCGGUGGGACAAACCUAGGUUUAAGCAAUGCAAGUUGCUUCAAUCACUUCCUGAUAAAAUUGUGGAUCUUGCUAAUGUUACCAUAAGUGAUGAAAAUGCAGAUGAUGUUGCAGAGCACAUUUUAAACUUGGUAAAGGAAUCUUCACUUCUGGAUGAAGAAGAGAUAAAGAUAAUUGUUUCUAAAGUGGCCGAAAUUUCAAAAUGUGAUGAGAUAAGUAUGAACCUAACCCAUAUUAUACUACAAAUAAUCAGUGCAGUUUCAGAAAAACAAAGUGAUUCACCCUCCAAUCUGCAUCCAGUAAGCAAUGAAAUUCUCAGGAUAAUUGAGCGUGCUGGUCACAAGAUGGAGUUUUCAGGGAGGACAGCAAAUCUCACAGUGGGUGGGCUGGCUUUGGCUGUGCUGCGGAUGGAUAACAGAUUCGAAGGUAUAGCUUUCAGCGCCUGCUCCUAUAAAGUCACAUCUCCUGAGAUUUACUUAGGUGAUGUCCCUUUGGGGAAAGUUUUAGCUUCUAUAUAUUUACCUAAAUCACUAAGGGAAAGAAUUCCUUUUAAUGGCUUACACACUCUUCUCUUCAAUUUUUUUGGCCAAACUUCACUCUUUAAGAUCAAAAAUGUCACUAAGGCAUUAGCCACAUAUGUUGUGAGUGCCAGCAUAUCAGAUACAUCCAUUCAAAAUCUGGCUGAUCCAGUGGUUAUCACUCUACAGCACAUUGAUGGAAACUGGAACUAUGAUCAAGUUUAUUGUGCCUUUUGGGAUUUUGACACUAACAAUGGGCUAGGUGGAUGGAAUUCAUCAGGUUGUAAAGUAAAGGAAACAAAUGUGAAUUAUACAAUCUGUCUGUGUGACCACCUUACCCACUUUGGAGUUUUAAUGGAUUUAUCUAGGUCUACAGUGGAUGCAGUGAAUGAACGGAUAUUAGUGAUUAUAACAUACACUGGAUGUGGCAUCUCCUCCAUUUUCCUGGGAAUUGCAAUGGUGACAUACAUAGCUUUUCAUAAACUUCGAAAAGAUUAUCCUUCCAAAAUUCUGAUCAAUCUGUGCACAGCACUAUUGAUGCUAAAUCUAGCAUUUCUGGUCAAUUCCUGGUUGUCAUCAUUUCAGAAAGAGGGACUAUGCAUUACAGCUGCAGUAGCACUUCAUUACUUCUUGCUCGUUUCUUUAACUUGGAUGGGCCUGGAGGCAGUUCACAUGUAUUUUGCUCUAGUCAAAGUUUUCAACAUAUAUAUUCCACAUUAUAUCCUUAAAUUUUGUGUAGCUGGUUGGGGAAUCCCAGCUGUUACUGUAGCAGUCAUACUCAUUGUGAGGAAAGAUCUGUAUGGAACUCUGAGUCCAACAACUCCAUUCUGUUGGAUUAAAGAUGAUUCUAUAUUUUAUAUCUCAGUGGUGGCUUACUUUGGCCUCAUAUUUCUCAUGAAUCUCUCCAUGUUUUGUACGGUUCUUGCUCAACUGAAUUCUGUGAAGUUCCAAAGCCAGAAGACUCGGAGAAAGAUGAUCUUACAUGACCUCAAAGGCACAAUAAGCCUGACAUUCUUACUUGGCCUUACUUGGGGGUUUGCCUUUUUUGCCUGGGGACCUGUGAGGAUCUUCUUCAUGUAUCUUUUUUCCAUUUGUAACACUUUGCAAGGAUUCUUCAUUUUUGUGUUUUACUGUGUGAUGAAGGAGAGUGUACGGAAGCAGUGGCACAUGCACCUCCAUUGCAGGUGGCUGCGACUGGAAAACUCUUCUGGUGGGAGCAGCAGAUGUGGUAUACAUGUUGGGUUUAAACAAGAAAGAAUGAAGAAAACCAUAGAGCACAAAUUGCUGGCACCAUCCCUCAAGUCAACUGCAACUAGUUGUACUUUCAAAUCUAUAGGCUCUGCACAAGGAACACCUUCUGAAAUAAGCUUUUCAAAUGAUGAUUUUGAUGGAGAUCCCUAUUGUUUCUCUCCCUCGAGUUGUAAAGCUAUGCCUAAUUGUUUAAGAAGAAUAUUACCUGCUGAAAUCAAAAUGAAUUCUAUUCACAAACAAGGAUCAUUUUCAAUAAAUCUAAGCACAGAUGCUCAUCUUCCCCCAACUCUGGACUGGGGAAAAUGUUAA